ACUGACUGGACCAUUAAUUUAUGACAUGUACAUUUACAAAAAUGAAAACUAAUAAUAAUAAAAAAUUAACAAGAAGGGAAAGAUUUGCUCCGGGCAACACUGUCUGUUCGACUUGCUCUCACCUCCACUACUCAGGCGGCGGAGGAGGAGGAGAAGAACUGCAGAAAGAUGGGGAAACUGGCGGCGCUGAAAGCAGAACCAACACUGAAGCUAUCGCCUGCAACAACAACAUCGCAUCUCUAAUCCCUAAUUCCCACAUUUGGAGAACGCGGAUUCGGAAGCGAAGGAAUCCAGAUCCAGAUUUCACAUUCGUCAUAGCAAUCAGUCUCAAGGUCGCGGCUGAAGCCGAAAUUUCAGCAGAACUAUUUGUCGAACGCCAUCGUGGGGCUUGAAAUCAUCCUGAAGGAGGGGGGACUUAUUGCUGUCGCUAGAUCAUGUGGUGGUGGAGGUUAACAGAGUGGUGGCCGACCAGACGAACGGGAAGUUGAAGGAAGACUUGUGGUCUUGGAUUGAGAGUACCCAGAUUCCAACGACGGCCGGGUUCUCCUUGGCGGGGGCAUCGGGGCUAAGUAGUUCGCCUGGGUUUGAUGUUUACGGGAGUGAUUUCAGGUAGUGGAGGCGGUGAUGAGUGGAGGCAGGAGCAAAUUGGAAGGGAAGGUUACGGUGUUGCCCGGAGCAAAUCUUUCCUUCUUGCUUGCUGCGGUGAACGGCAGAAGGGAAGUUCUGGGUUCCUUAGACCAGCAGCAGCAGGGCUUUUUCGUGUCCAGAAGGGAGGUUGUGGCGGAGGACAGCCGUUGUCGCAACACUGCAGGUCUUUCAGGUCUGAAGAUGGUGGCGGUGGAAGGGAAUUCGAUGAUGGGGAAAAGGAAGAAGGGAAAGAUGAGAUUUUGAAGGGGGGAAAGGCAGAGAAGUUGAAGAAGGGAGAUGGGUUGUGGGUUCCUGGGGUUGGUAGGUUGAAAUUGCCUUCAAAGGAUGAGUAUAGUAGAGGAAUUGCUCAAGUGGAGGAAGUCUUCUCUUCGGCUGCAAUCCACGUUGGGAGAUACAUUGUGACCAUGAUGAGCACUGGAGUGGUACUUGCUACUGGUUUUCAGUUGUCAGGUGGAGACGGUCAAAUGAAUGAUCUUAUCUGGUAUAGCUGGCUCGGAGGAAUCAUAAUUGGGACAAUGACAGGUGCGAACAUGGUGUUAGAUGAACAUUGUCGAGCAGGCCCUCGUAAUGUUGUCAUAACUGGAAGCACAAGGGGAUUGGGGAAGGCACUUGCUAGGGAAUUUCUUCUAUCUGGCGAUCGUGUGGUUGUUGCAUCACGAAGCCAGGAAUCCGUCGAUAUGACAGUGAAGGAGCUGGAGGAGAACCUCAAGGAAGGAAUGGUCUCAGCAGGAGGUUCAUCAAAGCGGAAUCUUUCCCAUGCAAGAGUAAUUGGCAUAGCCUGUGAUGUCUGUCAACCAUCUGAUGUGAAGAAACUAGCUAAUUUUGCAGUCAGUGAGUUUGGUUCCAUUAACAUAUGGAUAAACAAUGCCGGGACGAAUAAAGGUUUCAGACCCUUGCUGCAGUUCAGCGAUGAAGACGUAACUCAGAUUGUCUCGACGAAUUUGGUGGGGUCAAUUCUGUGCACCCGAGAAGCCAUGCGAGUGAUGGAAAACCAACCUAAGGGAGGCCACAUUUUCAACAUGGACGGUGCAGGUUCUGGGGGCUCAAGCACUCCUCUUACUGCUGUUUAUGGAGCUACGAAGUGUGGUCUGAGACAGCUUCAAACAUCACUUCUAAAGGAGAGUAAGAAGUCUAAAGUGGGAGUUCAUACAGCUUCCCCGGGCAUGGUCCUCACGGAAUUGCUCUUGAGUGGAUCAACACUGAAAAACAAGCAAAUGUUCAACAUAAUCUGCGAGCUCCCAGAGACCGUUGCUAGGACUUUGGUCCCACGGAUGAGGGUCGUGAAAGGCUCGGGGAAGGCCAUCAACUACUUGACUCCUCCCAGAAUCUUACUUGCCCUAGUCACUGCUUGGCUGAGGCGUGGUCGGUGGUUCGAUGACCAGGUAAUUAGUUGUCACAUUUCCAUUAUCCACUAAAGAAACUCCUUUACAUCAGUAAAUCAGCACAAAGUAUAAACUCAACAUUCAGGGAAGAGCAUUGUACGCAGCAGAGGCAGACCGAUUACGAAACUGGGCAGAGAAUCGUGCUCGGUUUUCGUUCACCGAUGCCAUGGAGAUGUACACCGAGAACACAUGGGUAUCGGUUUUCUCGCUCUCUGUUGUCUGCGCGUUCAUCAUACUGUCUAGCACCAGCAGCAUUACUCCUGGCACCUAAGUCGAAGAAGACUGCCCCGAUUUUAAGUAAAGUCAAAACAAGAUCCAAGCAAAGCACCAAAGUUACAGAAGAUUUUAGGCAAUCCCUUUUUCUUUUAGUUUUUAGCCAUUCAUGGAAAGGGUUUCUGCUAAUACGGGCUGGAUGUCAGCCCGGGGCUGGUGAUUGUCACCCAUCUUAUUGUUGUAUUUGUAUACAAAGUCCUGUAAAUGUGAAUUGCUCGUUUUGAACGUGUAAUGAAAUUGUAAGAAAGUUGCAGUCUUUUUGGACUUUUACGUUUCUCUUCAGCUGUUCAUGGUCGACAACCGU